UAAACCACUUUGUGAGCCAGAGACUUUAAUUUUAAGUUUGUUGAGAAACUGGCAUGAUUUAUGUGUGUAUACAAAUUUAAAAGAUUAUCUUUUCUGUAUGUCAUUGAUUUCUUGAACUGCUCAAAAAAUUCAAACGGAGAAAGUAGCAUGACUAUAGAUGUUUCUUAAUUUGAAUGAAGUUGCAAUUGAAGGGAGAGUAAAGUUGGAACGACAACUGCGAAAAAUGUGGAGCGGACUGAAAGUGUGGACGACAGAAUUACUCCACAUAGAUGACAUCCCUCACCAUUACCGCGAGCACUGCAUCGUACGCGGGUAUCGGAAGCCAAAAAGCUCGGCCACGGACUGCGUACUGAGCGUCUUCCAACUGACCAAUGAGACGCUUAACUUCUGGACCCACUUCCUACCAUUCUGGUACUUCAUUUGGCGACUGGUCGCUGUCUCGUAUGAUUUCGAUUUCUGGGUCGACCCAUACACGUGGCCGCUCCUGGUCUUCAUGUUGUCGUGCUGUGCGUACCCUAUCACCAGUAGCAUGGCGCACUGCUUCAACUGUAUGUCCGACCGGGCGCAACACAUCUCGUACUUCAUGGACUACGGUGCGCUCAGCCUCUACAGCCUUGGAUCGGGGAUAGCGUAUCAUGCUUACGUCUUCCCGGAUUCGUUCAUCGGUUCGUGGUUCGACGAUGUGUUCUUGAGAGUUGCCACAUUUCUCGCCGUGGGUUGUACGCUGUUGUCGUGUAUGUCACGGUUCGAAGAUCGUCCAAGGAUACGAAAGGCGCUGAGACUUCUGUCCUUCUCUCUACCCUACUUCUUCAACAGUGUUCCACUCUGCUACAGGGUGUUCCUGUGCCAUGGGGAGGGGUGCAGUCACAACGAGGCCGUGAUCAUAUACUACUGGAUGUUGUUCUUCUCCUUUCUCACGCCAUUCCUGUAUGCUACGCAUAUCCCAGAAGUCCUUGCUCCAGGAAAGUUUGACCUCAUCGGCCACAGUCAUCAGCUCUUCCAUGUGACCGGGAUCAUCGCGACCAACUUCCAGAUUUCCGGCGUGCUGACGGACCUCCAGAUGCGGCGCGAAUUCCUCGACGUGGUGAGACCCCAACCCAUGGAAUUCUGGGAUAACAUCGGCCUGAUGUCGUUAGUCCUCAUGAAAAACCUUUUGAUCAUUCUUUUCUUCACUCUAUCACUAUAUGUAGAGAAACCGACAUGGUUGAAGGUCAGAGGUCAUGGGAUAAAGGGCAAAGUAGACUAAAAACUAGAGGUCAGGUCAAAGGUAAUGAAUAUUACAUGAGAUUGGUUUCAUGGUCCAAAAGGCACCACAAUUUUUUAAAACAAAAUGA